AUGGUGCAAAGCUACUUGAGACACGGUCCUACAGAGGCGUUCGGUCUCAUUUGCAGUUCUUCGUCUAACUCCGUCUAUGAUGGCAAACUUGCUUAUGUCCCGGCCUUGGAGGAUGUCUUGGUCUGGGACGUGAAGAAGGGGCAGAUGUUGGCUAUGUGGCAUGAAACCGGACACCGCGCAGAGGUGACCUGCAUCCUCCGCUCUCCCCAGAAAGACGUCUUCGCCGUAGGUUACGCGGAUGGGUCUGUUAGACUUUGGAGUGCUUCUGCAGGUUCAGUGAUCGCUACCUUUAAUGGCCAUAAGAAGGCUAUUACCACCCUUGCCUUUGGCGAGAACGGCACGAGACUAGCUUCGGGGUCGCAGGAUACGGACCUGAUUUUGUGGGAUGUUGUUGCGGAAGCCGGGCUCUUCAGAUUACGGGGCCAUCGAGACCAAAUAACUGGGAUAUGUUUCAUUCGCCCGUCUACCUCAACAGGAAGCGUUCCAAGUUUUCUUCUGACCUCAUCGAAAGACACUUUUAUAAAGCUAUGGGAUCUCACGACUCAACACUGCAUCCAGACGAUCGUUGGCCACCGCUCAGAAAUCUGGACACUAGACGUAGACAGCAAGCAAGAACUUGUGUUUACCGGAAGUGGAGAAGGUGAGAUGAAGGCUUGGCGUAUCGAUCACGAUGCUCUGGCACAAGGUCUCAGAGAGACUGGAUAUGGAGAGAUGACCAAGAUGAUCUACCCGGUCACGAACAUCCCACUCUCCUCUCAACACCGCGUGUCACAAAUUUCUUUCCAUCCCUUUAAGCCAUACGUUGCUGUUCAGUGCCACGAUCGAUCUGUAGAGGUAUUCAGAAUCCGUACGGAGGAGGAGAUCCGCAAAAAGCAAGCUAGGCGUAAGAAACGCAUGAGAGAAAAGAAAGAACAGACAAAGCUCAAGGAAAAGACCAGAGGGAAAUUUGAGGAGAACAACGAUGAAGCAGACGCGGAUCAGAUGGACGACGCUCAAGAAGUCCAGCUCGUGGAUCUUUUCACGCCCUAUCUUGUCGUACGCGCAAGUGGGAAAAUUAGGUCAUUCGAUUUUGCAGACGAGGAGACGGCGGCUUCUACGCAUACCCAGCUGUGCGUAGCUUUGUCUUCAAAUGCGCUGGAAGUCUACAAUAUCCCUCAGCCUUCAAAGACUAAGGAUGCGGUGCCUGAGGCCACUCGUACUUUCUCAGUGGAUCUCCCCGGACAUAGAACAGAUGUCCGCACACUGUGUUUGAGCUCUGAUGAUAUGCUGUUGGCUUCUGCGUCUAAUGGUUCGCUCAAAAUCUGGAAUAUGAAAACCACAUCCUGUAUACGCACAAUGGAAUGUGGGCAUGCUAUCUGUAGCACUUUCCUACCUGGCGAUCGACAGAUCGCGGUUGGCACAAAAACCGGAGAGAUUUUCUUGUACGAUCUCGCGUCUUCAUCACUCAUCGAGACUAUCCAAGCCCACGUAGCAACCGUCUGGUCCAUUCAUGUACGUGCAGACGGUCAGGCCCUCGUCAGCGGAAGUGCCGACAAGGACAUCAAAUUCUGGGACAUUGAAGAGAAGUCUGUCAAUAGCGAGAAUCCUCGCAGCGCUAGAUUACUUACCUUGGUACACAUACGGACUCUUAAGAUGACUGAUGAUGUCCUGUCAGUAAGGUAUAGCCCUAACGGGAAGCUUCUGGCAGUAGCACUGCUCGACUCUACUGUGAAGAUCUUCUAUCAGGACAGCCUGAAAUUCUUCCUGUCUCUAUAUGGACACAAGCUACCUGUGCUCUCCAUGGACAUCUCCCAAGACUCCAAGCUCAUCGUAACCUGCUCCGCUGACAAGAACGUAAAGAUCUGGGGCCUAGAUUUUGGCGACUGCCACCGCUCCAUAUUCGCGCACGACGACAGCGUGAUGCAGGUGGCGUUUGAGAACACCGACACGCGUGACAUGGACAGCAAGCCGUCGCAUUAUUUCUGGACAGUCGGAAAAGACAUGAUGGUGAAGUACUGGGAUGGAGAUAAGUUUGAAAAUAUCCAGAAGUUGGAGGGCCAUCAUGGCGAGGUGUGGGCGCUGGCUGUAAGCCACCACGGCAAGUUUAUCGUAACAGGUUCGCACGACAAGUCCAUCCGGGUGUGGGAAAAACUCGAUGAGCCGCUCUUCCUCGAGGAAGAACACGAGCGCGAGCUUGAGAAUAUCUACGAGUCCGGGAUCGCAGAAACCUUCAACCGCACCGAUGCCCCGAUUGGGAGCGGCGUGGACGAUGCAGACCCGACUGCAGCCAUGGGGGGUGCGGAGGUUACCUCGGUCUCAAAGCAAACCACAGAGACGCUCAUGGCGGGUGAGAAGAUCAUGGAAGCUCUCGAGCUCGCGGACGGUGAGCUCACGACAUUCCGCGAGUACGAGGAGGCCAAGGCGCAAGGUGGUCUCUCCGAACAGGUUGCCCCACCGCCUCGGAAUCCCGUCUUGGCGGCGUACGAUGUGGAGCCGGAGGAGUAUGUGCUGAGGGUGGUUGAGCGCAUAGCGGGGACUGCGCUGUUUGAUGCAUUGUUAGUGUUGCCGUUUGGGAGGGUUGUGAGCCUCAUGCGAUGCCUCAAUGUUUGGGCCCUGAGAGAGUGGAACAUCGCAUUAACCUCGCGCAUCAUUUUCUUCCUUCUGAAGACGCAUUACCACCAGGUCGUGGCCAACCGCACUAUGCGCACCGCACUCAUCCCGCUGCGUAAGCAUUUGCGAGAAUCACUGCGGAAACAAAAAGACGUCAUCGUGUACAACCUUGCCGCGCUGCGAUAUAUCCAGAGACAGAACAAUGCUCAGCGGACGGCCGACUUCUUCGAAGAGGAGAUCAACGAGGAAAAGGUGCAAGAGAAGAUUGCGGAGGGCAGGAAGCGAAAGAGAGUUAAGACGUAG